CUCUUCCACUUUUAUCUCUAUUUCCAUAAAUGUCACCUCUUACCGCAAGUGUUCACGCCGAAAAGCCUUUCAUUUUCGAUUUGACUAGUGAUACCGCAACUAUCCCUACAGAUGAGAUGUUUGAUAUCAUGAAAGCUGCCACCCGUGGCGAUGACGUCUAUCAGACUGAUGAUGAUUGUAAAGCCCUCGAAGACUAUGUUGCUGACAUGAUGGGCCAUGAAGCAGCCUUAUUCUGUACUAGUGGUACCCUCUCAAACCAACUCGGUCUUAGAUGUCUCUUGUUCCAACCUCCUCAUUCGGUCUUAUGUGACUCUCGUUCUCAUGUUUUUAAUUAUGAGUGUGGUGGUAUCGCUUACCAUUCCCAGGCCAAUGUAGUACCUGUUGUUGCCAAGGGUACAUAUAUGACAGCCGAAGAAGUUGAAAGCAAAAUCAACAGAGACACUUUAUGCGGUGCCAUAACUAGAGUCGUAUCUCUUGAAAACACUAUGAAUGGUACAAUCAUGCCCAUUGAAGAAAUCCGGAAGAUCCAUGAUGUUGCUCGCGCCAAUGACUUAAAGAUGCAUCUUGACGGUGCCCGUCUUUGGAACGCUAGUCAAGCUACUAAGACACCUUUGAGUGAAUAUGGUAAAUGUUUUGAUACAAUUUCGAUUUGUUUGUCUAAGGGAGCUGGUGCACCAAUCGGUUCUAUGCUCACGGGAACAAAGGAAUUAAUCACUCGUGCUCGCCACAUUCGUAAGAUGAUGGGUGGUGGUUGGAGACAAGCUGGUAUGUUAGCUGUUGCUGCACGACACUGUAUUAAUACAGUUGUCCCCACCAUGCCUGAGACACACGCUCUCGCCCGUAAACUCGGAGAAAGUCUUCAGGCAUUGGGAAUGAAAUUGCUCCUGCCUGUUGAAACCAACAUGUUAUUUAUUGAUACUAAGCCCACUGGUCUCACUAUUGCUGAAUUGGCAGAUGCUCUCAAAGCAAAAAAUAUCAAGAUCUUUAGUAAUAACGGUACAACCACACGUCUUGUAUUCCAUUACCAAAUUACAUCAGAAGCUAUCGACAAUUUUGUUCAGGUUGCUGCUGAAUUGGUACAAAUGAAGAAAAAGUCUGGAUUUGUCCCUCCUCCCCCAUCGAACUCUGUAGUUGAAACCAUUGAACAAACUGCCGAAUCUGCUUAUCCUAGUGCAACCGUGAAGAAUUAAUCAUUCCCACGCCUCAAUAAUAACACAAACAUUGGAAAUAGAGAACCUAAAUAUGAUGUAUAUGUAUAUCCAUUCUCUUCAUAUUAUUUAGACUUAAAUUUUAGCUUUGAAUAUAUAACACACAUUCACCCACAUUAAUAAUAAAUCAUAUCAUAUCAUCAUUAAAAA